AUGUCUACCUCAAAUGCAACAAAUUAUGGCACCGUUAAGAAUACCUCUUCUCCAAAGGUCAUGGGAAUAGCAAAUUUCACAAAAUGGGUGAAAGUGGCCAUAUUACGAAAACCACCAAAUCAAAACCAUAUUCUCUAUCGAUCAACAAAAGUAAGAAGGUCAAGUUCGAUCAAAAGAUCCGUUUCUACCAAUAAAGUAUCCUCCACAACCAACCCCCCUUUAACCAAUUCCCCUUUACCUAAAUCACGGAAUUUCAUUCGUCACAAAUCUAACAAACUUGUGACGCCUCGUGAUAAAAGAGCGAAAUCGUUAAUUAACGAUGUGGAAUGUGCUGGUAACAAUUCUUGGAUUGACCAAGAAGAACCAUUGGAUAAAGAUGAAAUGAUAAUACCCGGUUUAAAACCCGCUCUUAUUGAUAUGUACGAAAUGCCCGCCGUCAUAUCUAAUAGAUCACCUCGUCAACAACCACCUUCCCCUAAUUAUGAUUCUAAUGAUGUCAUAAUAUCUAGAGUUGGUUACCUGGAGAAUACGAAUAUUGUUAAAGGUUCGGUUGAGCAUUUCGCCUACCUUCGCUCCGUAAGAAAAUUACGUGUUGGAAAGCGUCCAAUAUCUCAAGCCCUUUCGUUAAAUAAAAUUUUGGCAAAACUUUCUUCACAAGUAUCUGAUAAAGUACAUAAAGAAUUAAUUCAUUAUAAAAGAGUUUAUGAAUUAAAUAGACAACAAGAUAACAAUAAUCAUAACGGUUCCCCUUCUUCACUCCCAAACAAAUCAUGCACAAAUCAAAGAUUAUCAGUGAUAUUGUCUGGUGUACAUAAAUCUCCUAUUACAAUGAAAUAUCGUCCUUCUUAUGCCACUUCUAAAGUUGUGACGGUAUUUGAUGAUGAACUAAAUCAAUUGGUCGUAAAGGAAUUACCCAUGGCGAGAAGAAGAAAGAGAUUAAACAGUUUAACAAAUACUCUUGAACCUGAUAUUUAUCUAUCGGAUAUUAUCGAAAUAUCUGAUGAUGAAGAUGAUGUUCCUUUAUUCGUUCUUAAAGAACAAUUUCGGUAUUCUGGAAGAGGUCCUGUUUCCUUAAAAAAUUUUAUGUCUUCUGUGGAAGAUAAUAAAUCAUCUCAUUUGACUUUGGCCGUGUAG